CAUGGCGGAGGGCCGGGGAGGAGGGCUAAGAGGCGGAAUAGAAGGAGGAGUUCCCCCGAGCCAGAGCUUUCUCACAGCCGCAUUCCGGCGGAUAGCACCGGCACACAGUGGCAGCACAGCCCCGGGUCUAGUCACCUUAUCGCCAGGCGAGGAGGAUAAACUUUCUCCCGCUUGUAUUUUCUUUUUUUUUUUAACAACACGACGGUGUAAUGGUUCCUUUGUUUUGCUCUUCUUCUCAGAAGCAUCACAGAAGGACGUUUAUGUCCACUAAUUUGUAAGUCCAAUCGCCCCAUCCUCCUGCCUUUGGUGCACCAUGGUGAUCAUGUCAGAGGUCAGCCGGGGGCCCCAGCCCAGCUUCGGCCUCCAGGCAAGGCCCCUGCAGGUGGGCUUCUACGAAAUCAUCCGCACACUAGGCAAAGGAAACUUUGCGGUGGUGAAACUGGCCAAACACAAAGUCACAAAAACACAGGUGGCUAUAAAGAUUAUCGACAAAACGCGACUAAACCCGUCUAAUUUAGAGAAAAUCUACAGGGAAGUACAGAUUAUGAAGCUGCUCAACCAUCCUCACAUCAUCAAACUCUAUCAGGUCAUGGAGACCAAAGACAUGCUGUACAUUGUGACAGAAUAUGCAAAGAAUGGGGAGAUGUUUGAUCACUUGACCUCGAACGGCCGGAUGAGUGAAGCCGAAGCGCGGAAGAAGUUUUGGCAGAUUCUCACAGCGGUCGACUACUGCCACCAGCACCACAUUGUCCACCGUGACCUCAAAACCGAGAACCUGCUUCUAGAUGCGAACAUGAACAUCAAGCUAGCCGAUUUUGGAUUUGGCAACUUCUACAAUGGAGGGGAGCCUCUGUCGACAUGGUGCGGCAGCCCCCCUUAUGCGGCCCCCGAGGUUUUUGAGGGCAAGGAGUAUGAAGGCCCUCAACUUGACAUUUGGAGCCUCGGUGUGGUGCUUUACGUGCUGGUGUGUGGCUCGCUUCCAUUCGACGGGCCCAGCCUUCCUGCACUUAAGCAGAGAGUCACUGAGGGACGCUUCAGAAUCCCCUUCUUCAUGUCCCAAGAGUGUGAAAACCUCAUCCGAAAGAUGUUGGUUGUGGACCCGGCUAAGAGGAUCACCGUGGCCCAGAUCAAGCAGCACCGCUGGAUGCUGGCAGACCCCUCAGCCGCCAAUCAGUUUUUGAGCCACUCCUUGACAGAGUACAACUCCAACUUGGGGGACUACAGUGAACCUGUGCUGGGCAUCAUGAACACCCUGGGGAUUGAUCGCCAGAGGACCAUCGAGUCUUUGCAGAGCAGCAGCUACAAUCACUUCUCAGCCAUCUACUACUUGCUGCUAGAGAGGGUCAAAGAGCAUCGCAACCAGCAGCUCAGCAGGCAAUGUGGAAGCUGGAUCCAAAGACCCAGGAGCAUCUCCGACACCACCGGAGCGGAUCAAAUCGUCAUGAAGUCUGGUGGCGGCUUUAGAACAGCGGCGUUCUCGAUUCCACCCAAAAAGUCUCAAGCUGCUCCCGUCUACUUUGAGAUGGAAUGCGAUCAAGGUGGAAUGAUCCAACGCGUUGUCUCUCCGGUGGAGGCCAGCCUCAAUCGCCUGCUGUGGAACCGCUCGAUUUCGCCCAACAGCCUGCUGGAGACCAGCAUAAGCGAGGAGGUGCGACCUCGAGACCUGGAAGAGGAGGAGGCGGUAGAAAGUCUCAGCCCUCUGAUGCCCCCCACCGCCACCACCUCCCGCCGGCACACUCUGGCCGAGGUCCACUCCGCCCGUUUUCACCAGUGCAACCUUCCAUGUAUCAUGGUCAGUCCAUCUGAGGGCGCCUCGUCCGACGGCUGUCUAAAGUCCUCAUCUAGUCCCGCCCGCGCUCUGCAGGCUCCUAUGGGGGACAUGUCAACACCUACAGCCUACGGGGCCCUCCUGCCUGCCGGCGCCCCCCUGACCCUCUCCUCUCACCUCCUGCCCCAAGUCCAGGGCAGCCUUCCUUCUGCAAGCUUCCAGGAGGGUCGCAGAGCCUCUGACACCUCCCUGACACAAGGCCUCAAAGCAUUCCGCCAGCAACUGAGGAAAAACACUCGCACCAAAGGGCUCCUGGGAUUGAACAAGAUCAAGGGUUUGACCAGGCAGGUGGCUCCGCCCCCAUCGUGUAACCGGGGGAGCCGCGGUUCCCUGGGCCCCGCCCUAUCCGAACAUCGCAGCAUGCUGGAGGAAGUGCUGCAUCAGCAACGAAUGCUGCAGAUCCAGCACCAGCCGCACCAACCUCAGGUCCAGGCUGCCCAGGCAGGACCUACCCAGAAUCCCCUGCUGUUCCUGUCCCAACAGCAGCCGUCGUCUCCUCCGCCUACUUCAGUAUUUGCUCCCUCCUCGCUAAUGGAGGCACCCUGCCUCCUCCAGAGCGAGCCUCAGCACACUCUGCCUGCUCCGCCGGUGGUCCUGCAGCACGGCCUGUGGCAACAAGGCCUGGAGGCCACUACCACCUCCUCCAUGUCACCCGUGGCCUCCGCCGCUUACCUCCUGGAGGCCCGUCUGCACAUCAGCCCUCAUGUCCACCAUCACCACCAUCAUCCUCAUUACCACGUGGGCUUACAACAGCCGGGUGUUGCACACUUGGACAACAACCCCGCCAUGUGGGGUGUGGGCUCCAGGGUGGAACCUGACAUGCAGAAGCCACUGAGCAGCUGCGUGAUGGUCAAAUAAGAAGAGCACUCAUUAAAAAAUGAACAAGAAGACGAGGACAGCGUUAAGCUUUUGAUAUCAUAUAAGCUAAAAGAGCAAUAACCAAACUCUGCACAGAUAAGCAAUAAUAAGACUUGAAUGAAGAAAGGAGGCACCAUAUUUUUUCCUUCUCCUUCUUUGUCCUGGAGUGAGGACCAAAACAAAUCUUUGUGUCUUCUGGCCUCUCCUGACUGGCGCCGUGCAAUUUUAACACUAUUCAUAAAAUGAAACUGUGAUCUCUCUUUUUCCUUUUUCUUUUAUUUUAAUGUGCAAGCUGUGCAAAUGCUGCUUUUUUGUACCUCAUAAGACGACAGUAAAGGAACUAGGCUUUUUUUUUUUUGUCAGCAAAGCACAACUACUGGUACCUUGCAUCUAGCACAUAGUCAGCACCCUCUGGUUUUAGUCUACUACCAUCUAGUAUUAGGACGCACCUACUCGGCCCUUGUCUAUCCAACAGGGGACAAAGAAAUGUAAACGGAUCCAAAGGCUCAUAGAAAGAACUUUUAUUCGGUUGGUGCCCAAACGGCUAUGACUCCCGCUGGCGGUACACAAGUUUUUUUUCCCUCAGAACAAUGGCUUAGAAACAGGAUUUUGCAGACAAAUUCUCCCAGACCUUAAAAAAACCACUAUCAACGACGAAUAAUCCCUUUUUUGCGACUGCCAUUUGCCAUCACGGUUUAGCGUUGAACAUGUGGCUCCUAAUUUUGCAAAUUACGUUUUUCCCGCAGUACUGGAUCAUGGUUGUGUACCACCACCGGUGCUUCUACCACAGUUACAGAAUAUCGGAUGUAUGGAAAUGUAGAGCAAUAAGCAUAUUCACGAGCCAAGAGUGCAAUAGUUUGACAUAGGAGGCUGACAGGUACGAGAUGUUUAUUGUAGUUUUUAUUUCAACCAAAGAGCCGAAGAAGAGCGCUAUGGAAACAUGAGCGAGUUGCCACAGUGUAGCACAGCCCAGGCUGUCACAUUAUAAACUUACAGUAGCAAUAUAUUAGUGCAAAGAUCCACGUAGGAAACGUUGCAGUGUCGAUACGUUUGCACUCAUUACCAACCCUUGUGCCUUUUUAUAUGAACAAAAAAUGUGCAAGCUCCCACUCUCUCACACACACAAUGCUCCUCGCUGUGUGUGAAAAGAAGAAGCAGGAUUGCACUUUAUUCCUAUUGUUAGCGUUUGUUUGUCGUCGCGACUGAAACACUAAAAUAAAAACACAAAAAAAAAAGAACGUGACGCAGAACCUUAUUUUGAUAAAUGUGUUUUGGAUAAGACAAAGUAUUUCAUGUUUGUUUUUCCUGAUUUGUUACUUGACUGACUGUGUGUGUGUGUGUGUGUGUGUGUGUGUUUGUGAAAGAAUGUCCUUUGAAGACUUGUUUAUUUAUGUGGCUAUUUAUUUGAAUAAAAUUCACUUCCUAAACGA